AUGUCGUUGAGCCGCUGCGUUUCCCUGGGCCAGAACGCCCGCGUUAUCAUCAUCCCGGCAAGAUUUGCGCACGCCGCCGCCAACCGUAGGUUCUUUGCCCAUUUCUCGAGAAGAACACGAAAGAUGGACAUGGAAUAACUGAUGUAAUGUUUACAGAGGCUGCUGUUGCCACUGACGAUGCGCCGAACUUCUUCCAGAAGUUGGCUCUCCGCUUCCAGGGUACGAUUGCUCGGCGGAUAGAUUCUGAAAUAAUGAGAGUUGAUUGUUGCAGGAGUGCCAAUCAAGGGUGAGACCCAUGCCCCAAAGUCCAUGUUCGAAGACUGCAACAAAGAAUGGUCCGCUCCGGAGCCACUCCCAGCCAUCCCGAAGGACUUCAAGGAGCACCCAGACCGCGACUUGGUCAGUUUUUCCUCAAAAUUCUCGUAAAGUAGCCCGAUUUUCAGGUGAACUACCCAUACCCAGCUAGACCGAUGUACCCACCAAAGACCCGUCUGCUCAUGAUGCCGGAUGCGUGGUUUACUCCAUUCCAGAAGGUGACCGGAGUCUCCGGACCAUACCUCUUCUUUGGAGGACUCUUCGCCUUCCUCGUCAACAAGGAGUUGUGGGUGUUCGAGGAGCAAGGACACAUGACCGUCGGAUGGAUCAUCUUCUACCUUUUGGUCUCCAGAACUGUUGGAUGUAAGAGGAUGGGUCUUGUGGACAAGGUUUCAACCGAAUUGUACUUUCAGACAAGAUUGACAACUCCUUGUACCAAGGAUACCAAGAGCGCGUCAACUUUUUCAAGGGACUCAUCCAGGAAGAUCUCAAGGACGUCGUUGAGUUCAAGAAGACCUCGGCCGCCCAGACCGAGUCGCUCACCGCCAUCAAGGAUGCCCUCCCGACCGCUCUCAAGGAGAGCAUGGCUCUUCAGCUUGAGGCCACCUACAGAAAGAACGUGCAGUCCGUCGCCACCGAACUGAAGCGUCGCAUCGAUUACUUGAAGGAGACCGAGGAGACCAAGGCCCGUUUUGAGAAGGAGCAGCUCCUCAAGCUUAUCAACGACAGCGUGAGUGGAGUUUUCAGAUUGACUCUUCUUCUGGAAAACUUGAACAAUUAUUGAUUGAAAUGUUACAGGUGACGAAGCAAGUCAACGACCGAUCGUUCAAGGACCAGUACCUGCAAAACGCCAUUCAACAGCUCAAGGGAUUGAAUGUGCAACUCUAA